AUGGUCCAUAAAUCCAAGGAAUAUACUCGCCGGAUUUUGAAUUUUCCGGCGAUUCGUCCCUAUGAGUCGGUACAAUUCCUGUUGGAGGAUUGUAGCAGAGACGAUGGUAGGAUAUGGAUGCUGGUGAAGUCGGAAAAUGUCUCGACUCAGUUUCACGUGCUGAUGAGAUCUAUCGCGGUGGCUUUGGAUGUUUUACCGUUGGACAGAUUGGAUGUUUGUGUUGAAGUUAGAGAAUUGGUCGAGUUUGUGAGAAGGCAAGCACUUAGGGAAAAAAUUGAUGUGGACGUGGAUGAUAGACGAGUUUCGCGGAAAGUUCUUCGGGUUUUAGAUCGAUUUGGGAACGGAAUUGUUCCCGAAUCGAGUAAUUUAAUGGGGGUUCUUGAAUAUUUGGGUAUACGAAGUUGGGCCGAAUGCAAUAAAGAAGUCAAGUUCUUGGAAGGUGAGAUAGGGCAGGAGUGUUUAACUUCUGAGAAAAGAGAUGUGGGAUUUCUCAGUAGUCUAAUGGCAUUCAUGAUCUACUGCAGAUGCACCCUUUUUAGUGUUGUGGACAGUGCACCAAUCAGACAAUCUGAUGGUGGAGGCUGCAUCAGUGAUCUGAUUAGGUGCUUGAAUCCUGAUGAUCUAAGGUGUCCAAUCACACUGGAAAUCAUGAUUGAUCCAGUAACAAUAUCAACAGGGCACACAUAUGAUCGGUCUUCGAUCAUGAGAUGGUUUAAGUCGGGCAAUCAUACCUGUCCAAAGACGGGCGAGAGGCUUAUGUCGGUAGAUCUUGUUCCGAAUUUGGCUCUUAAGCGACUUAUCAGACAAUAUUGUUCGGAAAAUGGAAUCCCAUUUGUAGAGACUGGUGGGCAUAAUAAUGAUAUUACGAGGUCACCUGGUGCAGGCAGUGCCAUAGCUGAGCAAGUUACGGCGUUGCUUGCAAGUUUCCUUGUAGUCAGGCUCAUGGCCGGAACAAGCGAAGAGCAGCACAAGGCUGCUUACGAGAUUCGUCUGCUCACCAAAACAAGCGUUUUUAAUAGGUCUUGUUUGGUGGAAGCUGAUGCAAUCCCUUCUCUCUUGAAUUUUCUCAGUUCAAGUAAUCCUGCAGCACAAGAGAACGCGAUUGCAGCUUUGAUGAAUCUCUCAAAGUCCUCGAAAAGCAAGAGGAUAAUGAUUGAGAGUGGAGGAUUGGACCUGAUAGUCGGGGUGUUAAACAAGGGACUGAGGAUGGAAGCCCGCCAGCACGCGGCUGGCACGUUGUUCUACCUUGCUUCAGUCGAGGAGUACCGCAAAAUGAUAGGGAAGAUUCCGAAUGCUAUUCCGGCUCUAAAGGAGCUGGUCAGGGACGGGCCUGAUCGUGCCAAGAAGAAUGCAUUGGUCACAAUAUUCGGCCUACUUAUGAACCCUGAAAACCAUUGGCGAGUGCUAGCAGUCGGAUUCAUCCCCUUACUCAUUAAUCUGUUGACAUCUUCCCGGAGGGAAGAUCUUAUAACGGAUUCACUAGCAAUUUUAGCAACUCUUGCUGAGAAACUUGAUGGAACAAUGGCCAUUAUAAGUGCAGGAACUUUACCUGUAAUUGCCGAGGUUCUGAGCUCUCUGAAUUGCCGAGCAGCAAAAGAGUACUGCGUCUCAUUGUUACUUGCUUUGUGCAUCAAUGAUGGUGCGGACGUGGUUCCUCUUUUAGCAAAGAACCAGUCUCUAUUGGUAGCUUUAUAUUCUCUACUCACCGAUGGCACGGCCAGAGCAAGAAAGAAAGCCAGUUCACUCAUCAGAAUCCUACACACCUUCAAUGAAAAGAGCUCCUCCAGCUUGAUGGCUCCAGGCCUUCCACCGGAACAAUUCAUUCACGUGUGGUAG